AUUUGAAUAAAACUAGAAUCACAAGUCUAUUACACCCUUGUAGAUAUUAUUAAGUUGAAAAAUCAGAAUGAACACAUGAAAAUUGGGGGAUAGCUAGGCAGAUUCAAAAUCGAUGAAGGCCAUUUGUGCUAUUGAUCAACGAAGCAGGGAUCCAGUUCAGGAGUUGACAUUGUCCACGGCAGAGCUUCUUCCCUGCGCGUUGAACGAUUCCGGCGGCGACGGUAAUAUCCGGUAAGGCUGGGUGGAUUUGGACCGGGGCUUCCUCUUCCGAACAAAACAGAGCUUUCGAACCUCGUCUGUCCUGUGUUAUGAAUCCGUUCCGUCCACAUUCCUUCGAUGCCUCCGCCGCUAGCUUUGCCGACGGCGGACGUCUACCUAACUAUUUCGAUGCAUUGGCCGUGGAUCAUUUUUGAGAUGAAGGGGUAUUUCGGUCCUUUUGCACAUCUUACCUUUCAUUCCACAGCCUCUUGUUCACCUACCAGGUGCUUUCUCCCUGUCUUCACAUGACUGAAACGGGAUGUCAGAGAUACAAUGGAAAGAGUAGCUCUAUAUUCUUCUCCAUUGCAUUUAAUCUCUUCAUUUAUCUGAUUCCAUAUCACGUAUCGGGGUCAUUUUCCACAAUGGAAGAAGCUUAGGACUGCACCAAACAGACGGCGCAAUAUUGAAAUGAGGCGGUACGAUAGGGAUGACUACGUCACCGUUGAUGGGUUACCCUCCCCCAGGGUAAAUAACUUGAAGAAAGUUUCCGUUCUUCCUCUCAUAUUCAUCAUCUUCUAUGAAGUUUCUGGGGGCCCUUUUGGCAUCGAGGAUACAGUGCAAGCCGCAGGUCCUCUGUUGGCCCUCCUUGGCUUCUUGGUUUUCCCAUUCAUAUGGAGUGUCCCAGAAGCUUUAAUUACUGCAGAAAUGGGUACCAUGUUCCCAGAAAACAGCGGUUAUGUGGUUUGGGUUUCUUCCGCGUUGGGUCCCUAUUGGGGGUUCCAGCAAGGCUGGAUGAAGUGGCUCAGUGGGGUAAUUGAUAAUGCCCUAUACCCAGUUCUCUUUCUUGACUAUCUGAAAUCGGAUAUCCCUGUUUUAGCCAGUGGCUUUCCAAGAAUUGCUGCGGCCUGGGGAUUGACAAUAGUUCUCACAUUUUUGAAUUAUAGGGGUUUAACCAUUGUGGGAUGGAUUGCUAUUCUUUUAGGGGUUUUCUCACUCCUUCCUUUUGUGGUUAUGGGCUUUAUGGCAAUUCCAGACCUGAAACCUUCAAGAUGGUUGGUGGCGGAUUUGAAUGAUAUGGAUUGGAAUUUGUACCUGAAUACUCUAUUUUGGAAUCUCAACUACUGGGAUUCCAUUAGUACUCUUGCUGGAGAAGUGGAGAACCCAAAGAGAACUCUUCCAAAGGCUUUAUUCUAUGCUUUGAUCCUAGUAGUUUUAGGAUACUUUUUCCCACUUCUAAUUGGCACUGGUGCGGUUCCUCUCAAGCGUUCAUUGUGGACUGAUGGAUACUUCUCUGAUAUUGCCAAGAUCAUUGGAGGAGUUUGGCUGAGUUAUUGGCUUCAGGCAGCUGCUGCAGUGUCAAACAUGGGGAUGUUUGUUGCUGAAAUGAGCAGCGAUUCCUUUCAACUUUUAGGGAUGGCUGAGAGGGGAAUGUUGCCUGAGUGCUUUAGCAAGAGGUCUCAACAUGGAACCCCACUUAUAGGAAUACUUUUCUCAGCCUCAGGCGUACUUUUACUGUCAUGGCUGAGCUUUGACGAGAUUGUAGCAGCUGAAAACUUCUUGUACUGCUUUGGAAUGAUUUUGGAGUUUAUAGCAUUCAUAUUGUUAAGGAUCAGACGCCCCAAUGCAUCUCGGCCUUACAAGAUACCAGGGGGAACAACUGGAGCAAUUCUUUUAUGUAUACCUCCGACAAUAACGAUUGGUAUUGUGUUAGUUUUGUCCUCUCUCAAAAUCUUGGUCAUAAGCCUCAUUGCUGUGUUCAUUGGCCUUGUACUGCAGCCUUUUCUCAAACUUGCAGAGAAAAAUGGAUGGCUGAGGUUCUCAAUGAAUUCUGAGCUCCCAGAUUUUGACGAUCAGGAGAACAGUCAUUCUUUAAUGAACUAAACUUUAUCCUUGUUCAAAAGACUUCAGUUUUUUUGUGAAGUUAAGUUGCAAAUACAUAGGGAGAUGCUCCAACCAAGAUGGCAUAAUGGAGUGAGAACAGUAUUGGUCAUUUCACAGCAUUUCUUGAAUGCAACAACUGUACAAUGGAAGAUUUUGAUUCCAUCAGCUUCAUCACAGGUGGUUUUUGCUCACAUUUUUCAAUGUAAAAAUGGAAGCGGUUGUAAUUAGAAACAUGUAAACAAGUGUGUUUAGAAUGCCAUAGAAAAUAAAGUUAUGAAGUUACAGUACUUUUUAUUGAGUGAUUGCAUUUGAAGGUUGAGUGGAUAGUUUUGUUUCAAUCUUAUUGGCUUUCAUGUGUCUCAACUGUUAUCGAAAUUGUAAUAUGAAUGUGUGUGUGUGUGUGUGUGUGUGUGUUGGCAGAGUAGUAUAUAUAUGGUUGAUUACAAAUUA